AUGAAAAGGAAACAAAUAGAAACUGUAGAACUAAAAAGUAUUGACUUUGCCACUCGGAAGAUAGCCAAGCUGCUGAAGCCGCAGAAGGUGAUUGAGCAGAAUGGGGAUUCUUUCACCAUCCACACGUACAGCAGCCUAAGGAACUACCUUGUUCAGUUUAAAGUUGGAGAAGAAUUUGAUGAAGAUAACAAAGGCCUGGAUAACAGGAAAUGCAAGAGCUUGGUCACCUGGGACAAUGACAGACUCACCUGUGUCCAGAAGGGGGAAAAGAAGGACAGAGGCUGGACCCAUUGGAUCGAAGGCGACACGCUCCACCUGGAAAUGUUCUGCGAGGGCCAGGUGUGCAAGCAGACGUUCCAGAGAGCCUGAUGGGGUCCAGCGACCGAGCCAUGAACCACGAGCCAUGAGCCACACGGGGCCGCAGCUUAACGCCCGACUACAUUCCAGAAUGAACAGGUGUCCAUCUGCCCUCGUUUGGUGAGGGGCCUUGUGGUCAGAGAGGUGUCACGCAGCCUGUACCACAAACCAUUUGGAUUAGGGGCAAAAUGCUCAACUUCAAUAAACCUGUCCGAC